GAGGAAGAUGUAAGCUAACCGAGUGCUGUAAAUUCAGUUCAAUUUUUUUGGUCGUAAUUCUCUUUGCAUAUUCAAUGAUCUUGUAGUCUUUAUAGUAUUGACGUCAUAUUGUGCGAUUCUUUGUAUGCUUCUGACGUCAGAAGUUUAUGCCCUCUUAGUGGUCCCUGCCGCCAUAAUGCUCUGUCAUCUUAUGUAAAUGACGCCGAAUUUUGUGACACUUCAUUUCAAAUUACCUUUCUUCGCCUUGAAGUAAACAUGACAUUGGAGUUUUCAGUCGCGAUUGAUGCUUCUCUUGUUUUCUAAGGGAGAGUUAAAUAAAUUUAAGAUAUGUGAAUCAGAUCUGCAGAUCUUUGAUAUUUACUAUAUAUUGUUCUGUUUGUUCAACGGAUUAUCCAAGAAUUUUAGUCCAAAACUUGUUAUAUUUAUUUCCAAAGUUAGUGUGAAGCUUUGUGUGCAAUUAUAAACAUCAAAUGAGUUCCAGUUUGUUGUUGUUCCCCCCUGAGACGGUGGCGAUAGUGACAGGGUCCAGUAGUGGGAUAGGGGCGGCCACAGUGGACCAGUUAGCCCAGAGGGGCGUGUCCAGGUUCUGCAUCACAGGCAGAAAUGGGGAGGGGCUGGCGGAGACUCAGAAGAAGACAUUGGAGGUCAACAAAGGGACAGAGUUCGUAGUGGUUAAAGGCGACCUGACUGAUUUGAAAACCUGUGACAAAAUAGUGUCCGAAACAGUCGACAAAUUUGGUCGAAUAGACAUUUUAGUAAACAAUGCCGGUAUGGGCUUUCUUGGAUCUGUAAGAGAUGCCCCUAUUGAGCAAUUCCAAGAAGUUUUCGACCUCAAUGUGAAACAAGUAGUCUACAUGUGUAAAUUGUGCCUGCCUUAUUUGGAAAAGACGAAAGGAAACAUCGUGAAUGUAUCUUCAACUGUGGCCUUGAAAUCGUAUGCGAAUUCGGCUAAUUACAACAUGAGCAAGGCUGCCCUGGACAUGUUUACAAUGACCUUGGCAGCAGAAGAAGGCGAACGCGGAAUCCGAGUGAACGGGGUCAACUCUGGCAUUGUAAAUACAGGAAUGCACGCACGUUGUUUGCCUCCUGAAUUGGUGGCUCAUGUUCUGUCGAUGAAGUCGAACGCGAUUGGCCGAGUCGGUGAAGCGGAGGAGUUGGCACGUGCCAUUGUGUUUCUGGCCAGCAAAGAAGCCUCUUUCAUCACCGGAUCCAACGUGAGAGUAGACGGAGGCAUGUACUGCUACAACCCCCUCUAGAUAUUUUCUAACUUAGAAAUUGAAAUAUUUUCAUCAAAA